CGCCCAGGACGCGGCGGCCGCGCCCAAGGCCGCCAAACCCGCCUUCACCGAUGAAGCGGUUCAGAACCUGCUCUACCGAAUGACCGGGCUGAACCUGGAGAAGGUUUUCAAGUCGGUUAAGAAGGAGCUGAAGCCGCCCACGUACAAGCUGAUGACCGAGGCGCAGCUGGAGGAGGCCACAAACAAAGCUAUUGCGGAAGCUAAGGAAAGACUCCGAAUGCCUCCUGUUUUGAAUGAACGGGAGCCGAUCGAUGAUGUAUUAGCAGAAGACAAAAUCCUGGAAGGAACUGAAACUGCAAAAUACGUGUUUACUGAUUUGACUUAUUCCAUUCCACAUCGUGAGCGGUUCAUCGUCGUUAGAGAGCCGAGUGGCGUGUUACGGAAAGCGACCUGGGAAGAACGAGACAGAAUGAUUCAGAUUUUCUUCCCUAAAGAAGGGCGCAGGGUCAUUCCUCCUGUCAUAUUCCAGGAUGAACACCUUGUGACUGUGUUUCAGCAAGACCGCCAUGAGGAUAUCCUUAACAUGUGCAUUGCACAGUUUGAGCCAGAUUCACCUGACUACAUUAGAGUUCACCAUCGGACAUAUGAUGACAUUGAGAAACACGCUAAGUAUGAUCUGCUCCGUUCAACAAGACACUUUGGGGGAAUGGUAUGGUAUCUAGUAAACAGAAAGAAAACGGAUGGCUUACUAAUAGAUAUGCUCCACAGAGACUUGCUGGAUGACACUACAAGCUUAAUCACCCUGUAUCAUAUGCUCCAUCCGGACUGUCCGUCUGCAAAAGAAGCUAAAGAAGGAAAUCUCCAGGGAGUGGACCUGAUCAAGGUAUUUGUGAAAACUGAAUCCCAGARAGAAGGCUAUAUCCAACUGGCCCUUCAGGCUUAUCAAGAAGCAAUGGCUACUUYUACAGCUUCAUGAAAUAAACCUUCAGCCUUCAUCAGUGUUCUCUGUACAGGAUUCUCCAAUAAAAACUUCUGACUGUUUUGUGUGCUGAAGAAARUGUACAAUAAAC